AUGUCGCCACAACCAGCCAUUCGAUGUCUGGUUGAUGACACCAUCUUGACCAGAAACAUCGCCGAGAUUGAAUCAUGGGUCGCGCAGGGCGCCCUCAUACUCGUGAUUCCCCUCUACACCCUCGAACGACUACAUGUUCUGAAGAAAGACUCUUCCCAAAUCGGUCAAAAUGCCCGUAAGGCCGUUAAGUUUCUCGACAAAACCACCUCAUCCCCCGGUGAUUUGCCUCAUGAACCUGUGAUCCUACAAGGUCCCGACGAUCAAUAUCCGACCUGGGCCGAAGUCGAGGCGCACUACAUCAGUGAUAAUCUGAAGACCAAUGGUACUGUUGAACAUGACUCCAUCUGCGCUACAAAGGCAGUCCAACAAAAGGACGCCGAGCUACAAUUGAAAGAAAAUACUACUGCCGGCGGCACUCUCUCUCAAUUGUUGCUCGACAAACUCAACUUUGCAAAGCAUCCAAACGUUGCCUCUCCUACUUCCACUCCUCCGUUGUCACCUUCCUCCUCUGGCCCUCAGAGCUCGAAGACAAGCCCGGAAGUCAAGUCUGCAAGUAUGGUUAGGCCCGAUCAAGCACCCGUCCCACCUUCUCUCAAACCGUUACUCAAUCCCGUUGUUUGGUACAUGCAUGAAAACAAGGCUGCUGCCGGUGGCCACUUCUUCCUUCUCACAAAUUCUGCCGACACCAUCCACCUUGCUCGUGACUUUGGAGUUCCUACGAAGAACAUUCAUCAAUUGAGAAGUGCUUUGGGCCUGGAAGAACCAGUCGAAACCAACAAGGACGUGAAGCGUGAAGACAAAGUGAAGAAAGAAACCCCUAAACCUUCCCCGCGUCUGGAGUCCAAGACUUUAUUUAGCUAUGACGAUGUGGAAAGCGAAGAGGAAGAAGAAGAGGUUGUGUUCAAACCUCGAGGGAAGCGCCUCGCUACCGUUCAAACCAACACAACUCCCAGAAAUCCUGCCCCAGGCAGAGCCCGAGGAAGGGGUAGAGACACUCGAUCACCGCGCACCUCUUUCAGCACUCCGAACCAGUCUGCCGGACCACUCAAACCUCAGAUUCCCAUUGAGGAGAUUGAUCCAGACUCCUUUGAUAGAGGCAGUUUUGGACGCGGCAGUACUCCCCUGGUUAAUGUUGGCACCCACAACCAGACCAACAACAACAACAGUCGUGGCUCGGGAUACCGUGGACGCGGAGGUAAUCAUUCACGGGGCGCCGCCCGUGGUGUCGAACGUGGAGCAGCUCGUGGAAAAGGUCGACUCUUCGUCCCAUGA